AUGGCCCUGGUGCUGCUUAUCGCAGUUCCCCUGCUGCUGCUGCAGGCUGCACCCCCCAGUUCGGCGCACUACGAGAUGAUGGGAACUUGCCGCAUGAUUUGCGACCCCUACAGCGGGGGACCCGGGGGAGGGCCUGGGAGUCCAGGCAGCAAAGCGGCCCCAGGUCCUAGCACAGCUGCCUUGGAAGUCAUGCAGGACCUGAGUGCCAACCCUCCGCCCCCAUUCAUCCAGGGACCCAAAGGAGAGCCUGGCCGGCCAGGGAAACCGGGCCCCCGAGGUCCCCCAGGAGAGCCAGGACCCCCUGGACCAAGAGGGCCUCCGGGAGAGAAAGGAGACUCAGGAAAACCCGGGAUGCCCGGAUUGCAGCUGGCUGCGGGCGGGGCAGGUGGGGGCAGCGUCGGGGCCAUUGGUGGUGGAGGAGUAGGGGGCGGCGGGGACGUCGGCGAGGUGACCGGGGCACUGAGUGCAGCUUUCAGUGGUCCCAAGAUAGCUUUCUACGUGGGCCUGAAGAGCCCCCACGAAGGUUACGAAGUACUCAAGUUCGACGACGUGGUCACCAACCUGGGCAACCAUUAUGACCCGACUACCGGCAAGUUCAGCUGUCAAGUGCGAGGGAUCUACUUCUUCACCUACCACAUCCUCAUGCGAGGCGGGGAUGGUACCAGUAUGUGGGCAGACCUCUGCAAGAACGGGCAGGUCCGUGCCAGCGCCAUCGCCCAAGACGCUGACCAGAACUACGACUACGCUAGCAACAGCGUGGUGCUGCACCUGGACUCCGGGGACGAGGUCUACGUGAAGCUGGACGGGGGCAAGGCGCAUGGUGGUAACAACAACAAGUACAGCACUUUCUCUGGCUUUCUUUUAUAUCCUGAUUAG